AUGCAUCAAAGUUGGACUCCUCCUCAGAACUACAGGAAUAGACCUGUCGUCAUACUUGGUGCCGGAGUACUGGGAAGACGGAUAGGAUGUAUCUGGGCUUCCGCAGGGUUUGAUGUCCGCCUACGCGAUCCAAGUGAUCAGCAACGCGAAGAUGGCCUAGCAUACAUCCGAGAAAAUGUCGCAUCAUAUGCCAAGGGAUCUGAAGAUAGAAUCGGCACGGCACAGGCCUUCGAAAGAAUAGAAGAUGCUUUGGCUGACGCCUGGCUUGUGAUAGAAGCUGUUCCUGAAAAGAUUCAGCUCAAAAUCGACACUUUCGCGCAGCUUGACAUUCAGGCUCCAAAUGACUGCAUUUUGGCCUCCAACUCUUCGUCCUACAGGUCUUCGGAGAUGCUUGAAAAGGUAUCGGAAUCUGCCAGAAAACGGAUCUUGAAUAUGCACUAUUACAUGCCGCCGCAGUGCAUGGUCGUGGAACUCAUGACCGAUGGGUAUACCGAAGAAGGGAUUUUCUCUUUCUUGGUCGAACGUUGCAAAGAGGGAAAUACAUUGCCUUUCAUUGCCAGAAAAGAGUCAACUGGUUUCAUUUUCAACCGUCUUUGGGCAGCUGUCAAAAGGGAGACCCUGUCUAUAUUGGCAGAAGGAGUCUCUGUGCCAGAAGAAAUUGAUACCCUGUGGACCGAAAUGUUCAUCAAUGGACGUUCGACUCCCUGUAAGAUGAUGGAUCAGGUUGGCCUGGACACAGUCGCGUUUAUUGAGUCUCAUUAUGUUCAAGAACGUGGAAUUUCGUCGGAGAAUACUGUUGACUAUCUGACUAAAAAUUACAUCAAGCACGGCAAACUGGGCACCAAGAGCUCACAGGGCGGAUUAUAUCCUCCAGUCAAAUCCCAGAUCACCGACGAUUCAGAAAAUUCACCUCUAAUCGUGUUGGACCUUGGCUUGUCAGCGGCUUCACCAACAAUGACAUCCGGCUCGGUUCUUGAACUAUCUACAGACGGGAAACAUAUGAAAACGCUUGUGGAGAAUCAGUCACUGCCUGAUGGUGUAGCCGUGGAUCCGCACACCGGUAGAGUGUUCUGGACAAACAUGGGAAUUCCCGGAAAGAACGAUGGCAGCGUGCUUGUUUUUGAUCGUCAAGAAAACACCACAAAAGAGCUAGUCUCCAAAGGUUCUAUCAACACACCAAAGCAACUGGCACUCGACACGGUCGCGAACAAGAUCUAUUUCUGCGAUCGCGAAGGUCUUUCCGUUUAUCGCUGCAAUUUCGACGGCAGUCAACUAGAAAAGAUUGUGCAAGCCGGAAACCCGAACGACUCCAAGGAAGCUGCAGAUGCUAGGAAUUGGUGUGUUGGUAUCACAGUUGCGCCAAAGCUGGGCAAGUUCUACUGGACGCAGAAGGGCCCAUCUAAAAGUGGCCAAGGGCGCAUUUUCUCCGCGAAUAUCUCGCUGCCAGCAGACCAGUCUUUAGCUUCGAGAACCGAUAUCGAAUGCAUCAUUGAUGGUCUUCCGGAACCUAUCGAUCUCGAGAUCGACGAAACGUCCUGCUUUUUAUAUUGGACCGAUCGUGGCGAGAUUCCUUAUGGCAACUCACUGAAUCGGCUACAGCUUGACAAAUCCGGCAAUGCGUUCCAUACCUCUACUGGAGAUACACACAAUUUUAAGGUUCUGAGUCGGCAUUUCAACGAGGCGAUUGGUCUGAAGCUUGAUACCAAGAACAAUACGAUCUAUGUGACUGAUCUUGGAGGUAAUAUCUAUCGCUGUGACUUAAAUGGAGAGAACAAAUCAGUCCUCCACUUCGACAAAUUGCGAGCAUUUACUGGAAUUGCGUUUUGA